CCAUUCGAGGAGCUGUCCCUCACCGAGAAGCCUCUUCUCGACUCCGAAUCUCUGCCUGCUUCGGCCUCCUCGGCUCCUUUCCAGUCUCCACCAUGUCCAUCCGGGUGACCCAGAAGUCCUACAAGGUGUCCAGCUCUGGCCCGCGGUCCUUCAGCAGCCGCUCCUACACCAGCGGGCCGGGCUCUCGCAUCAGCUCCUCAGCCUUCUCCCGGGUGGGCAGCAGCAGCAGCAGCUUCCGGGGCGGCCUGGGCACCAGCCUGGCUGGAGGUUACGGUGUGGCCCCAGGGAUGGGGGGCAUCACACCUGUCACGGUGAACCAGAGCCUGCUGAGCCCCCUCAAGCUGGAGGUGGACCCCACCAUCCAGGCCGUGCGCACCCAGGAGAAGGAGCAGAUCAAGACCCUCAACAACAAGUUUGCCUCCUUCAUCGACAAGGUGCGGCACCUGGAGCAGCAGAACAAGAUUCUGGAGACCAAAUGGAACCUCCUGCAGCAGCAGAAGACAGCCCGGAGCAACAUAGACAACAUGUUUGAGAGUUACAUCAAUAACCUUCGGCGGCAGCUGGACACCCUGGGCCAGGAGAAACUGAAGCUGGAGGUGGAGCUUGGCAACAUGCAGGGGCUGGUGGAGGACUUCAAGAACAAGUAUGAGGAUGAGAUCCAAAAGCGUACAGACAUGGAGAAUGAAUUUGUCAUCAUCAAGAAGGAUGUGGAUGAAGCUUACAUGAACAAGGUGGAGCUGGAGUCCCGCCUGGAAGGGCUGACUGAUGAGAUCAACUUCUACAGGCAGCUGUAUGAAGAGGAGAUCCGUGAGAUGCAGUCGCAGAUUUCGGACACGUCUGUGGUCCUGUCCAUGGACAACAGCCGCUCCCUGGACCUGGAUGGCAUCAUCGCUGAGGUCAAGGCCCAGUACGAGGACAUCGCCAACCGCAGCCGGGCCGAGGCCGAGACCAUGUACCAGAUCAAGUACGAGGAGCUGCAGACACUGGCUGGGAAGCACGGGGAUGACCUCCGCCGCACAAAGACGGAGAGGGGAAAGGGAGGGUGGGUGCAGGGGGAGGAGGAGGCCACCAGCCUCUACUCCACCUGCUUACCUGCCCCUGUCCCCCGACAGAGGGCUUCCCUGGAGGCCGCCAUUGCUGAUGCUGAGCAGCGUGGGGAGAUGGCCAUCAAGGAUGCUCAGGCCAAGGUGGCCGAGCUGGAGGCCGCUCUGAGAACCGCCAAGCAGGACAUGGCGCGGCAGCUGCGCGAGUACCAGGAGCUGAUGAACGUCAAGCUGGCCCUGGACGUGGAGAUCGCCACCUACCGCAAGCUGCUGGAGGGCGAGGAGAGCCGGCUGGAAUCUGGGAUGCAGAACAUGAGUAUCCAUACCAAGACCACCAGCGGCUACUCAGGUGGGCUGACCUAUGGGGCCCCCUACGGCCUGAGCUCCCUGGGCUCCGUCGGGUCCGGCUCCUUCAGCCGCACCAGUUCCUCCAAGGCUGUGGUUGUGAAGAAGAUUGAGACCCGCGAUGGGAAGCUGGUGUCUGAGUCAUCUGAUGUCCUGUCCAAGUGAAAGUCUCCUGCAGAAGGAGCCAUGCAGGGGGGGCACUGGCACGGGAGACCUGAGGUUCAGCCCGGGUCCUCAACCCAUCCUUGGUGAGGGUUGACUUCUCAGGCUCCCCUCUCCUGCCCAUGACCCCAAUUAAAAGCCAAUUCAAAUGUCUUUUUCAGAAUAAAUCCAAAUCAAGUAUCUUUUUCAGAAUAAAGCCCCAGCUGGCUCUGCCAACCCACA